AUGUGCCGCGUAAAUAAACGUGGCCCAGCUGAAUUCCGUCAGGAAGGGGGUGAGAAGCCCUCCUUGUUUGAGUUUUACCCGGUUCUUUCUUCUCAGGACCGGAUGCACACCCUUCGAUCCGAUUUUGACAUUUUUCGCGCUGCUCGGCGGAAAGAUCGGCGCCGUAGGGAACGUGAGGACUUUCAACUCGUCCGCGCUCAUCGACGAAUGGAGAUUCUACACCCGGCCGACCGGAUUAUGGCCCUGCUGUAA